AUGGCAAGGGCUCUAAUCGUUGCUAGCCACCAGCGUCUACGCAAAUACAAAGUUGUUAUUGAGCAGAAGAAAAGCGAGUGUGCUGGCAUUCUCGGUGAUUCCAUCACUGAAGACCUUGCUGAGACAAUCGCUGCGCUGGCACAACUAAGACAAGCCAGGAAGCGAGUUAUCUUGGAUCGGAAGCUGAAUAAGCUACGACCACCCGACACGGGAAGCUCAAACUUGGUACAUAACCUCUCCUCCAAGCAACUAACUGAAAGGCAACAACGAGUGGUCCAGCAUGAAGCGUGUUUUAACACCGCUGAUGCUGACCCUGUCGAUUUCAUUGUAGCCGUAGAAGCCAUACUUGUGAGGACUGAAACAACAGACGAAAAUAAAACACUGUCCGAAAACGGGUCACCUUCUUGCUGA